AUGAAGGGCAACGAUGAAGUUAUCCAAGAGUUCAACGAGGUUGUCAACAUGACGGCCUCUGAGCUUGAAAAGUGGCUCAAGUCAGACGACUCCAACAGUGCAGGUUGGCCAAAGGAGGACGAGAAUGGUGAAUCUGUCGGACACGACAGUGGUCGCAAGAUUGUCGAGAUCCUCAAGGAGAACCCAAAGAAGGAACCUAGCAAGUACACCGAUGAGCAGAUCCAGCACAUGCGCAAAGUCGUCUCCUACUGCAAUCGCCAUUUAGCUCAAGAGACAAAGUCCAACAACGACAAGUCACCCGAGGAGGUCAAAAAGACCAAAUCUUACGCGUCGCUCAAAAACUGGGGCCACGAUUUCCUCAAGGCUCAGGGCAAGGAUGAUGGUAGUAACAAGAAGCAGGAGGAAGAGAAGGAAGAGAAGGAAGAAGAAGCAGACGAUGAUGCUGAGGAGGAACAAGAAGAUGGCGAUGAUGAGAAACAGACUGGAGAGAAGCGAAGGGCGACCCGAAGCCAGACUGGCUCAAACAAGAAGCGAGAGACUCGCAAGGGGGAGUCUACAAAGUCCAACGACGAAGAUGAGGAGGAGGAGGAAGAAGGCGAUGAUGCUGAUGAGAAGCCACAGAAGAAGCAAUCAAACGGGAAAAAGACCAAUGGCGCUUCAAAGAAGUCCGAAGAGGCUGACGACGACGAGAACGAUGACGAUGAAGGUGGUGAUGGUUCUGGUCCAAAGAAGGGUCCCAAGAAGGGUGAGACUGUGAGCUGGAACUGGGGCGAAGGACAGCCCAAGGGUAAAGUCUUGGAUGUCAAGGCCGAAGAUACCUCUAUCACCACAAAGAAUGGCAAUACGGUUUCUAGAAAGGGAGAUGAAGAAGAUCCCGCAGUUGUGUUGGAUACGGGCAAUAACAAGGCCAUCAAGAAGGCUCAUGAGUUGAACUAG